AUGUCGAUGGAUCUCGAUGCCCCCGUUUAUGUGGGCCAACAGGAGCAGACUGCAGCAACCAUUCUCUGCUGCAACUGUGGUGCUCCCAUCGAUGGAACUACCUCCGCCGGAGCUUUGUGUACGGAUUGUAUCAGACUUACUGUCGAUGUCUCCCAAGGUGUGCAACGAGACGCAGUCCUCCACUGCUGUAGGGAUUGUGAGCGCUGGCUCCAGCCCCCCACCAGCUGGGUCGUCGCAGCCCCCGAAUCAAAGGAACUCCUCGCCAUCUGUCUAAAACGGCUCCGUGGUCUGAACAAAGUCCGAAUCAUCGACGCGAGCUUCAUCUGGACUGAGCCUCACUCAAAGCGAAUUCGUCUCAAGUUGCAGAUUCAGUCCGAGGCCUUCCAGGGUACUAUUAUUCAGCAGAGCUUCGAAAUUGUUUAUGUUGUGGCCAACCAGCAAUGUUCUGAUUGCCAGAAAUCGUUCACGGCAAACACCUGGCGUGCCUCUGUCCAGGUUCGCCAGAAGGUUCCCCACAAGCGUACUUUCUUGUACCUGGAACAGUUAAUCCUCAAGCACGGUGCUCACAAGGACACUGUCAACAUCAAGGAAGCCAAGGAUGGUCUUGAUUUCUACUUCAGUCAGCGCAACCAUGCUCAAAAGAUGCUGGACUUCCUCAGCAGUGUCGUGCCAUGCAAGAUCAAAAAGUCCGAAGAAUUGAUUUCUAUGGAUAUCCACACAAGCACCAAGUCAAUGAAGUUCAACUUCUCCUGCGAGAUUAUCCCCAUCUGCAAGGACGAUCUUGUUGCUCUACCGAUUAAGCUGGCGCGCUCAUUAUCUGAUAUCAGCCCGCUAACUAUUUGCCACCGCGUUGGUACUACUGUUAACCUUAUGGACCCCUGCACUCUCCGGACAACCGAUGUUCCCACUGGCACCUACUGGCGCCAGCCAUUUUCGACCCUCGCCGAUAUCACUGAGCUCAAGGAAUUCAUCGUCUUGGAUAUUGAGUCUACUGGCAUCUCUAACGGCCGUUACCUCUUAUCCGAGGCCACCGUUGCCCGUGCUGCUGACCUCGGAUCUAACGACACUACUUAUUUCACACGGACUCAUUUGGGUGGUAUUCUUCACGUUGGUGAUUCCGUUCUCGGCUACCACUUGACCGGAACCCAGUUCAACAACCCCCACUUCGAUGACAUUGAGAACAGCCACCAGUACGGCUCAACAAUCCCAGAUGUGGUCCUCAUCAAGAAGCACUACGUCCGCAGCAAGAAGUCCAAGCGCAGCUGGCGCUUGAAGCGCAUGGCUCGCGAGCACGAGGAGGAAGCUACCAACCCCAACGCCAAUGUCCCCACAAACAAGCGCCAGGAGCAGGAGCUCGCCCGUAUGGAAGCAGAUUACGAGAUGUUCUUGCGUGAUGUUGAAGAGGAUCAGGAGCUGCGUCAAACUCUCGACUUGUAUAAGGUCCGCCAACAGCAGGCCAUGGAAGACGAGAUGGACGAGGAUGACGAUGAAGAUAUGGACGGAGAGGGUCACGCCGUGCCCAAGAUCAACAUGGAGGAGCUGCUUGAUGACUUUGACGAGUUGAACAUGGAUGACAAUGAAUGA